AGUGUUUUGUGAUCAGUUGUUGAUUAAUAACAUGUAAAUAUUGUUGAAAGCAAUAAUUAGUUUAAUUUACGAAAGAUAAAAGAAGAAUUUUAAUGUUCCAAAAAUGCCUGGACCAGUCAGACCUAAGGGCUCAAAUACAGGCAGCAGGGCUCAAUCGGUAGCCCCAAUGUCCGAGAGGCAACAGAUGGCGCUGCUGAUGCAGAUGACUUCAGGCAAUGAGUUGGGUUCGAGAAGUCCAAGUUCGAGUUCUUCGCGAACUAGAGAAAGGAAUGAAAGAGGUGAAACUCCAUUGCAUUUAGCAGCUAUUAAGGGUGAUGUUGAUCAAGUUUGCAAAUUGCUUGCACAACACACUGAUCCUAAUGUAGCUGAUUUUGCUGGUUGGACUCCUCUACAUGAAGCCUGCAAUCAUGGGUGGUACGAAGUGGCCUUUCGUCUUGUCCAAUCGGGUGCCAACGUAAACGCACGCGGUUUGGAUAAUGACACUCCUCUCCAUGACGCAGCUGUCAAUGGACAUCUCAAACUUGUCAAGCUGUUAGUGGAAAAGGGUGCAGAUAUAUACGCAAAAAAUUCUAAAGGGAAGACUCCAUUAGACGUGGCUCCCGCCUCUGUUAAGCCUUAUCUUCUAAAUUCCGGUUUGCCUUUACCAGAUUCUACAUCGAAUUCUAGAGUAGUUUCUCGCGCAUCGAGGGAUGACAAAAAAAAUCACCUCAAGCUGCGAUCCAUCUACCUCAACGGCCUCCACCGCGAGUGGUGGCAGCAACGCUGCCGGCGGAAAUAGUGGUGCUGCCGCCUCAACAUCGGGUAAAGCCCAAAAGAACGAACCGAUGGAAGUGAAGACUUCCACGGCUUCUGGUACUUUCUCAACGACGGCUGGUACAUCGUCGAGAAAUACCUCCGGAACGACAAGGGGCGCUUCGGGAGCGACAACUGGCGAUGACGUCUAUGAGUUCAAAUCAGCCAAGGAGGGUGAUUCAUCAAGUGCUGAAAGAAAACAAGGUUCUGGAUCUGGAAGUACCGAAAUGGAAACGGAGGAAACUGAUCCUCUUAGUGUAACGCGCCCGACUACACAGGCUUCCGAAGAAUCAACUUCGUCUACCAAAAGGCCAUUUUAUGAUAAUAAUGAAGGUCAAGAAGAACCUGCAGCUCCUGCGAACACUGGAGAUGAGGAAACCAAACGAAAGAAACGUAAAGAAGAUAACGCUAGAGAAGGAAAAUCCACCAAUCAAAGAAAUACAGGACAGAAUAAGGGACAGGGUGGUAAACAAUCUACUGGAGGUCAAACUAGAUCAGGAGCGUCAACUUCAUCAAAAGCCAGUGCCGAUAAAAAGAGCCCAUGUUCUAGUCCAAAACCUCCUGGAUCUGAUCCUGAAGUGGAAGAUGGAAAAACAGACCUAAAGGUUCCUCCAUUGAAAAUAGUUAUUCCUCAAACUAGCAAUGCCGAGCAAGAAAGUGGUGCUGGGCGUAACGGUAAGAAUAGUUCGCAAAGAUCACAUCUGCCGUACGUAGUACCCAGUUCCACCAAUACCGAAGAAAAAGAUUCCAGUGCAACGACUAAUAGUCCCGAAAGCAGUGCGAACACCAGUAAAAGUGAAGACAAAAAGGAAAACAGUGGGGCUACCUCUGAUGAAGCUCAGUCAAAUGCAGAUGCGGAAACCUCAUCUUCAUCGGCGUCAACAUCUGCGCCACCUCCACCAGCACCACCCCAAGUAGAACUACAUCCACGCAAACGCAAAAUGAAACAGAACAAAGACGUCCCGCCUCCACCCAGUGACUCGCAGGAGUCUUCAGCUGAAACUCAAAUUGCCAAGAGGCGCCGAGGAUUGUUUCCGGUACAACCCAAACCUCCUCAAGGGUUUAAAGAUUAUUUAAUGAAUAGAUGUACGUAUGUAUUGGCGGGUACUGCUCCUACAACUCCAAAUAUUACGUACCCUCAAACAUUACCGCCACAGAUGAAAGAUUUGUUUACCGAUCAAGAAAAGGAGAGGUAUAGACUGAGAACUCAGCAUGUGAUAGAAAAAGAGAAACUAGUAUUGUCCGUUGAACAAGAAAUUUUAAGAGUACACGGUAGAGCUGCAAGAGCUUUAGCCAAUCAGUCUUUACCAUUUUCGGUUUGUACCAUUUUAAGGGAUUUAGAAGUAUAUAAUCUUAUAACACCUGAACAAGAAGAGAAGGACAGAAACGCUAGAUCUCGCUAUAAUGGUCGUCUCUUUUUGAGCUGGCUACAAGAUGUAGAUGAUAAAUGGGAAAAAAUCAAAGAACACAUGUUGUUGCGACAUCAUAACGAAGCUGAAUCUCUACACGCCGUCCAGAAAAUGGAUUGGGAAUGGAAAUUGAAGGAACUAAGUCUUUGUGAUCGAAAGUCGACGCCAAAGAUUGACGAAACUCACGUGCCAAUGGUACACGUGUCUGAUGAUUUCGAUUUAUUGCCAGCUUGAAUAAAAUUUUAUGCAAUAAUUGUAACAGUAUUUUAAAAAUAAUACUUUAUUUUAUAGUAUGUGUUGUGUUUAAAUGAUUAAAUAUUUAAAUUGAU